AAAAGGAGCGAAGACUUGCUUGCACACACCAUCACACGAAUCGCGAUUUUGAGAUUUCGGAAGCUUCGAUUUGAUUUGGGAUUUUAGGGUUUUCUUCCUCUGAAGACGACGAUUCCAACUGCGAUUUGACAAUGACGCUACCUCCAGGACUCUACUCCGGCACCAGCUCCCUUGCUCUGGUGGCUCGUGCUUCGGCUUUUGGUUUGGGUCUCGUCUACGGGAACAUGAAGCUUAAGGUCUUGAAGAUCAAAUCGAUGUCACAGAAGAAGGUUGAAGCCACUGCUCAUCAUUAAUCGAUUCUUCUUCGUUUUCAAUAAGAUACCAAAAGCUGGGGGUGAUGUCUCCCCGGUUAGUUUUUUCUUUUCUUUUCAUGAUUCAUCUUUUAGCAUAAGAAGGAACAAAUGUGUUUGAAGAGCAUCUUACAUGGUUUUAAGACCUUUUUUGGAGCCAAAAUUAACCUUUGGCUUAAAACCCGAGUCAUAUUUUUGUUGUCAUCUAAUAACACCACACACAUUCACCUCACCUCUCAAGUGUCCCAGUUGUGCGUUAUA